GUUCGGAGCGGGGACGAGCAGGAACCCGAAUGCCAGGUCCUGGAACUCGUUAGGCAUCGCACUUUAAGUCCUGGGAGCCGGUUUCGGCCUCCGCGCGAGGCAGUUCGGUGGGACCCUCGUCGUGCCAGUAAAAUGAAUGAAAAUAAACCAGGGGACUCUCAGAACCUUGCUUGUGUUUUCUGUCGAAAAAAUGAAGACUGUCCUAAUAAGUAUGGAGAAAAGAAAAUUAAUGAGAAAUGGAAUCUUGCUGUACAUUACUAUUGUUUGUUGAUGUCAAGUGGAAUUUGGCAAAGAGGUAAAGAAGAAGAAGGGCUUUAUGGUUUUCUAUUGGAAGACAUUCGGAAAGAAGUAAAUAGAGCUUCUAAACUGAAAUGCAGUGUUUGCAAGAAAAAUGGUGCUUCAAUAGGAUGUGUUGCACCCCGAUGUAAAAGAAGUUAUCAUUUUCCUUGUGGACUCGAGAGAGAAUGUAUUUUCCAAUUCACUGGCAAUUUUGCGUCAUUCUGUUGGCACCAUCGACCUGUUCAGAUGAUUACAGCUACUAGUUACAGAGACUCCUUACCAUGUACCAUUUGCUUGGAAUUUAUUGAACCUAUUCCAACUUACAGUGUGUUACGCAGCCCUUGUUGUAAGAAUGCUUGGUUUCAUAGAGACUGUUUACAGGUUCAAGCAAUAAAUGCAGGAAUGUUUUUCUUUAGGUGCACGAUAUGCAAUAAUACUGAUGUAUUUCAGAAGGAGAUGUUGAGAAUGGGAAUUCAUAUUCCUGAAAAAGAUGCUUCUUGGGAAUUAGAGGAAAAUGCUUAUCAAGAGCUUCUGCAGCACUAUGAGAGAUGUGAUGUCCGAAGAUGUCGUUGCAAAGAAGGGCGAGACUAUAGUAUGCCUGAUAGCGAAUGGGAAAUAAAGCGCUGUCAGUGUUGUGGUUCUAGUGGAACCCAUUUAGCAUGUUCCUCACUACGAUCAUGGGAACAGAACUGGGAGUGUUUGGACUGUAGAGCUAUUAUCUACAAUUCAGGGGAGUUUCGAAAAGCUAAAAAACAUUCUUUAGUUGGUUCUAAUAAUGUGUCAAUCACUGAUUGUCUGUUGGAAGAAUCAGCACCUAAAUUACCCAGACAGUCACCUGGAUCCCAGCGUAAAGAUCUGAGGCAAAGCAGCAAAUUUAGAAGAGACGUUUCAGCUGUAUUAUUAGAAUUAGGAUUCCAGAUAAAGAAGAAAAAGAGAACAUUAUUUAUCAAUAAAGACAAUAUCUGGAAUAGUGCAUUAGAAGGAUUCAGAAAUCGAACUUUCAAUCCUGCAAGUGCUAUUGAAAUAGCAUAUGUUAAUAAAGAAGAUAGUUUUGGAGGAGAACAUCCUGGAUCAAAGCAAGAAUUCUUAAGUCUCUUAAUGCAGCAUCUUGAGAACUCACCACUAUUUGAAGGAUCCCUGGCAAAGAAUCUGUCUCUAAAUUCUAAAGCACUGAAAGAGAAUCUUUACUAUGAAGCUGGCAAAAUGCUUGCAAUUUCUUUAGUUCACGGUGGUCCUUCACCUGGUUUUUUUUCUAAUACUCUGUUCAACUGCCUUGCUUAUGGACCAGAGAAAACUCGACCAAUUUUAGAUGAUGUUUCAGACUUUGAUGUGGCACAGAUCAUAAUCAGGAUAAAUACUGCAACAAAUCUUGCUGACUUAAACUCAAUAAUGAAUGAUUGCUGUAACUACCUUGAGCUUAUUGGCUGUUUAAGACUUAUAACAUCAUUGAGUGAUAAAUACAUGUUGGCAAAAGACAUACUUGUUUACCAUGUAAUUAAGAGAGUCCAAGAACCUUUUGAAAGUUUUAAGCAGGGUCUGAAAACUCUUGGAGUUUUGGAGAAAAUUCAGACCUACCCAGAAGCCUUUCGUAGCAUCUUCUGUCAUAAACCUAAGAAUCUUUCUGCCAAAACCAUUAGUGAACUUUUUACAGUACACGCAUUAUCUGAUGUACAAGCUUUGGGAUUUUGGAACAAGUACUUAGAAGCUGUUGAAGAUGGGAAAUCUACAACAACAGUGGAAGACAUUCUCAUUUUUGCAACCGGUUGCAAUUCCAUUCCACCUGCUGGCUUUAAACCCACUCCUUCUAUUGAGUGCCUACAUAUGGAUUUUCCUGUGGGAAAAAAGUGUGAUAAUUGUUUAGUUAUUCCAAUUACUAAUACAUAUAAAGAAUUUCAAGAAAACAUGGACUUUGCCAUAAGAAACACUGUAAGACUGGAAAAAAAAGAAAAUUCUCACUACAUUGACCCUUAACUAUAUGAACAACGAAAAGCUUCCUUAACAGCUGCUAUUGAUACUUUUUGUUUCAGAACUCUAUCAUCAAUUUUGAACAAAAUUAUCAGUUUCUGGGCUUAAUAAAAUUUUAUAUGAACAUA